CAUCAAAACUGUCGAUUGAAUAAACUUUAUGAAAUAUUACUAAUUAUAAAAAUGCUCUUACAUGACCCAUCUUUUAUGAAAAGCAUUUCACAGAGGGAUAUUCACUUUAACUUUGAAAAGUUUAUAAAGCAAGAUCUUAAAUUGAGUGAAUCAGACCCAAUUUAUUGUCCUUUCUAUCAAAAAUCCCAGUGUAAGGGGAAUUGCAAUCUGAUUCAUAUCAAAUUAGCCACGGCCGUUGUCUGUAAGCAUUGGUUGCGCGGCCUCUGUAAGAAGAACGAAAAAUGUGAUUUUUUACAUGAGUACAAUUUGAAAAAGAUGCCAGAAUGCUUCUUUUUUAAUGUGUAUGGAGUCUGCAACAACAAUGAUUGUCUAUUUCUCCAUGUCAAACCAGACUCUGCCGCUAGAGAAUGUAUAUGGUAUAAACGAGGAUUUUGCAAGAAUGGCUCAGGCUGUAAAAAUAAGCAUAUUAGAAAGAACUUGUGUUGGGAUUAUUUUGGAGGAUUCUGCAUUAAUGGAAGUGAUUGUAAAUUUGGGCAUCCAAAAUUUGAAUUGAAAUUUAACGAAAUUGACGAAGAAGAUGUGAUUAAAAAGCCAAAAGCAAGAUUGUAA